CUCUCUGCCGUCACCUCCCUCCGUCCAUAGCUGCGGAGGCGCAAUGCUGCAGGGGAGACAUGUUCAUUAACUCGGCACGGAAGGUUUCGCAACUCGAAGCUCACUGACUCACCGCGGACUGUGCUCUUACCACAGAGACACGCCUCUAAAAUGGACCAACGGAACCACAGCUGCCAUUAUAAUGAGUCCAUGGGCUUCUUCUACAACAAGAGCGGCGCUGAUGAUAAAUGGGACAACGCCCAGCUCAUCCUGGUGCAGGUGGUGGGCUCUCUCUUCUGCUGUUUCAUUCUGGUCUCCAAUGCCAUGGUCAUAGCUGCUGUCAUCACCAAUAAGAGGUUUCACUACCCUUUCUACUAUCUCCUAUCCAACCUCGCUGCCGCAGACUUCCUGGCAGGCAUAGCGUACGUGUACCUGAUGUUUAACACGGGUGAGGUGUCGCGGAAACUUACAGUAAAAGGAUACUUCAUCCGUCAAGGUCUUCUGGACAUCAGUCUUUCAGCCUCGCUGGCUAACCUGCUGGUAAUAGCUCUGGAGCGCUACAUCUCCGUCAUGAACUGGAAAGUCCACAGCAACCUGACGAAGAGGAGGGUGACCCUGCUGAUCGUGCUGGUGUGGGCCAUCUCCAUCUUGAUGGGGGCCGUGCCGAGUCUGGGCUGGAACUGCAUCUGCAACCUGAGUGACUGCUCCCAGCUGGCUCCUCUCUUCAGCAGGAGCUACCUGAUCUUCUGGUCCGUGUCUAACCUGGUGGUGUUCCUGGUGAUGGUGGUCAUCUACACGAGGAUCUACACCUACGUCAAGAGGAAGACGUCGAUGCUCUCGCCACACACCAGCGGCUCCAUUAACCGCAAGAGAACGCCCAUCAAGCUCAUCAAGACAGUCAUGGUUGUGCUCGGGGCCUUUGUGAUCUGCUGGACUCCCGGCCUGGUGGUUCUGCUCCUGGACGGCCUCAACUGUACGAGUUGUAACGUCAUGAAAUCAAAACGCUGGCUGCUGCUCCUGGCUGUACUCAACUCCGUCAUGAACCCUUGCAUCUACUCCUACAAGGACGAGGAAAUGUGGACAACGUUCAAGAACCUCUUGCGCUGCAUUGGCAAUGGCACGCGGCGGCAGCGGUCGACGAAGGCCAACGCCAGGCCGCUCAGCUCUGGUCAGGAUACGGGCAACAGUCAGCCUCCCUCAGAGGAGGCAAAAAAUGACCAUCAGGACCAAAUCAAGACUUGAAAGUGUAACUUGAUAGGAAUUUUAACUGAAUUUGUGUCCAGCUCUGACUGGAGUUACCUUAUGAAGAUACGGAAUGACUUGAAAGGGAAACCACACCAGUUGGUCUCAGGGCGGCUUCGUUGUCAGCGUCCGCUGACUUAAAAGUACAUUCUUGAAGAGACACUGCAGGCCAGCCUCUCCAGAGCUGAUGAGAGCUUUAUGCAAAACUAAGUCCCCAAAUGGAUGCAAAGAUGUUUUCAGUUUUAUUCAGGAUUUUACCGUUUUUGGACACAAUACUCCUUGUCAGGGAUUGUGAGAUUCCUGUAGCUGUUUCAUCCUGUUUUUUGUCUUCCUCAUCACAUCCCUGCAGGUUAUUUAAACUAGACCAUUCUGGAAGACAAUAAUCCAAUAGGAAGUGCAGAGCAGUAAAUUUUUACUUUUACUUCCAAAAAGGGUAAAAUCAUGCAAAGGGUGGCUUAACUUUCUCCCUUAUAUAUAUAUUUGUGUACAUGUGAUUGUCUUUAGGUUUACUUCCUGUGUAGCUUUUGAGGAAGCGAUUCUGUAAUGGAUAAUCUACUGUAUUUAAGACAUGUAACAUUUUUGUAAUCAGGUACACUAAAACUGUAGGUUUGCUUGGGCAGGGCACAUUGUUUUAAGAUUAUUUUUAACACGGCUAGCGAAAAAUACUGUAAACUGCUGUAAUGUAUCUACUUGUACAUCCUGUAAAAAGCUUAUAAGAAGAGGUGCGGUCAUUUCAACUGUAUGACAGCCAGCAUGCUCAGCAUGACCUGAUUGUUUUGGCUAUCUUUUGCAUUUUAUAGUCUUUAAAAUAACACCCUACUUUCUUUUGCAAAGCAGUUUGGCCCCUGGGGAACAGAUAACAUAAUCCCUGCUUUCUUGUCCUGUCAUCUUUUAUCAGUUCACCUUAACAAACAGCCUGCAGAACCUCAUGGAGGCAAACUGGUUUUCCCUGUAGCAUUUUUACACAUCCGCUUCAACUCGCUGAAUGGCUGCUGUUGCUCCGGUGAAACGGCUGCUCACCUGACAGUGCAGGGGUUGUAAAAUGUUGUGACACACUGGAUUCCUGCUGGAGUUUUAGCAAUAGCCUGUGUACCUGCAGGAAUCAAAGGAUAUGACUGAAUGACUGUACCUAGACACACGCGAGCUCACACGCGGCACACAUUUAGCACAGACUGCUAAAUCAAUGACUCAUCUUCAACCUGCUGUACAGUAUUUAUGCCACUCCUGCUGUAAAAGACUUGACAUCAUUAAAGCUAUUUUGUGUAUUUUA